AUGUUUCUUUUUUUGGUAUCUCUUUAUGGCGAAUUUAAGCCAGAAUACUUCUCAGAAAGGUAUAGGAUGCAUUUUAACCUAGACUCUAUGAAAUUUAAGUGUUUUAAUGAAAAUAAAGAGAUUUCGAUUGAUGAUAUUGACGAUGGAAUUUGUAAUUGCUGUGAUGGAUCUGAUGAAGUUUCAAAUACAUCAUUUUCAUGUCCAAAUACAUGCCCGAUUCAUGUCAAAAACUCAGAAGCAAAUGAAUUAAAAGGAAUUUUCAACAAAGGCAUUGUUAACAGAGUUGUUCUCGGUGCCCAAGGACAACAAUUAUAUCAUGAAUUAUCCGAAUUAAACAAAAUUCAAACACAAAAACGCGAUGAACUUUCAGCAACAUUAAAAGAAGCGAGAGCACAAUUAAAGAAGCAAAAGAAAGAUAUUAAGAAGUGGGUUUACGAAUCUAAUGGUCUUCCAAUGCCAGACAAAGCCAAACUCGCUGCUGAAAGAGAAAAAUACAUAAAUCGUGUCGAAAAAGUCGCUUACAGACAAGAUGCCGCCGAAGAAGAGGAAGGAGAAGGAUUUGAAGUCCCACAGAUUGAUCAAGAAGCAUUCAAGAAGAGAAAACAACAUCGUGCAUUGAAAUGGGAUUAUGCGCAGAAAGAAAAGUACAUUAACUUGUUAAAUACAGCCAUUGAUAAGACAAAAAUCACUGAAUCUUCAGGAAAUGUCUUUCUUGCAAAGCUUCGUGUAGCAGAAACCGUAAAAUAUCAUCCAACAUACCAGGCAUACUUAGAUACACAAAAAAUUGUUCACGAUACUUCAGAUGAACUCUCAAAAAUCGGAAAUUCCGUUUACAUGAACAAUUUAAGACUUGAAAUCGAUUAUGGAGCAGAUAAACAAUGGUAUCAGUCCUAUGGAAAGACAUUAACAGCUCCAAUAGCCAAUACUCCUAACAAAGUAAGUAUUUCUUUACUCCAGAGAGCUUCAGUUCGUCUUCCUUCGACUGGAUGCUCAAGAUCUAACGAUUACGGUGCUUAUAUCAAGAGAAUUAACAAUAUCUUGGUUUACCAGGCCGAACAUGUUGAUGUUUUCAAGGGUCAGCGCUCAAUGAGAGUGAAAUGUCUCUGCCAUCCAGAAUAUGUCGUUUUGGAAGCGCACGAAAACACAGAUAACCGCGCGGAAGCUGUUAUUGGACUCCCAGAGGUAUGCCCUGCACAGUAUAGUGACAAUGAAUUCACUCAAUGGCUCAGAGAAAUUCAAUAUUACAAGAGCGACCUCUUGAAAGGAACGGAAUUUGAAUAUUUAUAA